AUGCCACCAAAUCUGCGCGGCUCAUUGCCGAAAUCUUUAUCGCGUCCUCUGGACAGCGGGGGAGUCUUUUACUGUCCCUCCUGCUCAACUUGGCGACGAACCAUCUCAACGCGUCGGAGAACCUAUCGCUCCGGAACCAGCACGACCUCCAGCGGCAUUAUCCCGCCAGGUCGAUACGGGGAAUUGAAUAUUCAACGACAAACGUUUACCACAUCAGCCGCGAUUAACGCGGGCAAGAAUGUACCACCGCGGUUUAAGGAAUUGUAUGCGGCGUUGAAUCGGAUUGGGGAUGUUGCGACGGACCGGGUGAAUUUGAGUCGGUUGCAAUUGGCUCUGAGGGGGUUGGAGUCGGAGGAGCCGCUUGUACGGGUUGCUGUACUCGGAUUAAACGAUACCAAUGCUGCGCGCAGACUUGUCCGGUUGUUGCUUUCCGAUCCGCUAUCGUCGAGGGAGGAUUGGGAGGACAUGCUGGAGGGAUAUGAGGCUGAUACUUCGCGGGGGUUACUGAUACGAUACGGCGAAGAAUGCCAGAACAUCCCGAACAACCUCCUUCCCACGAUUUCCAUUCCCUCGCAGCUAUUGAAGAAAGCCAACAUGGAGAUCCUGGUUUCUAAUCUAGGCGCAGAGGCGGACUCAUCAGUGGCCCAGUUCACAGCAGACACAUUCCUCGUCCCGACAGUGACCAUCCGCACUUCGCAUUCCGGUCGACACAAUGUCGUACGCUACCCGGUUCACAAGAGCAUCGUAUGUGGGAGCGGCAUGGAGGACCUAGUUUCAUAUAGCGGCCUGAUUACGCGGUCCGAUUUGAAGAGAGAAAAGAAGUCUGUCUACGGAGCGAUUGAGAUGGAAGUUUCGGACAAGGAAAGGAGGAAUGACCGGUUCGCUUUUGUGGAUAUCAAACAGGCUGAGGAGUCUUUGAGCAAGUUCCGCGAGUCUGUGCAAAACGCAUCACUCUACGAGCGCGGGUGGAACAGCAGUGGCGUGCAACCGGUUGUUGAUUGGUUGACGUCCAUGCGGGAAAGCGGAGAAAGUCUGGAUCCAUCAUUGAAAACGUUGAUUCUGUCCUUGCUUGAUGCAGCAGAAGAGGGCGUCCUUGCCAAGGAAGCCUGGAAGGCUCAGGAACAGCAAUCAGCCAGUGUCUCCGAGGAAGUCCGAACGGAGCUGGACCGAUCUGUUGGUUUGUGGGCGGAGAGAGCGCACUCAGAGCUCCGGAGUUCUUUGGAAGAGGGCUUCGCUAGUAAGCGGUGGAGAGGUCUGGCGUGGUGGAAGCUGUUCUUGCGCGUGGAUGAUGUGAGCAUGCUCACAUCUGAAAUCUUGGAGAGACGGUAUCUGCAGGGUGCUGAGAAGGAGGUCAUUUGGACGGCGGGGCAGCUCCAGCAGGCAGGCCUGAUGGACGACUUGGGCCUUUCUGAACCAUCAGAGGUUAAAGGAGAGCAGCAAGCACUCGUGGAACAGACAUCUCCACCCGUGCCCUGGCCGGUACAGAUCUCCACUAGCCGCACGCGAUUACUUAACACAACCGUACCGGCCCUGCAGGCGCUGGCACAACGGUUGGUGCUGUUCAGCUUGUCGACGACGUCGCUGACGUCUGCACUGUCGGGGUUGACUUAUUUCUCGUUCCCUACGGCGUCUGUCUACGAGACGUGCACAUUGGCAGCGGUGGGACUGGUGUACUCGCUGCGCCGACAACAGACCAAAUGGGAACGCGCGCGCGAAUUCUGGGAGGACGAAGUUCGGGAAGAGGGCCGGACGGCUUUGCGAUCGACAGAGGAGCAGUUGCAAACACUGGUGCAGGAAGGUGGUCGACCUGCUAUCGAGAGCACUGAAGACGAAGCGCGCGAAACUAUUGAACAGGCGCGGAAAGCCGUGGAGGAUAUGGAUGUCAAAUCUACACCCCCCUAG